AUGGCCAGUUCAGCUCGAGAACAUCUGCUUUUUGUGCGACGUCGCAACCCACAGCUACGGUAUACUCUGAGCCCAGAGAAUCUGCAGAGUUUGGCAUCUCAGGGAACCAUGGCUGAGAACAUGAACUUGCAGCGUGCCAACAGCGACACUGAUUUAGUGACCUCAGAUAGCAGGUCUAGUUUGACAGCCAGUAUGUAUGAAUAUACCUUAGGGCAAUCUCAGAACCUCAUCAUUUUCUGGGAUAUUAAGGAAGAAGUAGACCCGACUGACUGGAUAGGACUAUAUCACAUAGAUGAGAACUCUCCAGCCAAUUUCUGGGAUUCCAAGAAUCGGGGAGUGACUGGCACGCAAAAAGGACAAAUUGUAUGGCGAAUUGAACCUGGCCCCUAUUUUAUGGAAUCCGAAAUAAAGAUCUGUUUUAAAUACUACCAUGGUGUUAGUGGAGCCCUCCGAGCUACUACUCCAUGUAUCACUGUGAAAAACCCUGCUGUGAUGAUGGGAGUAGAAGGUGUGGAUGAAGGUGCUUCUGGAGCCCAGCACUCUAGGAAGUUAGUCAGCUUUACCCUAUCAGAUAUUAGAGCAGUUGGACUUAAAAAAGGCAUGUUCUUCAACCCUGAUCCUUAUCUAAAGAUGUCCAUUCAGCCAGGCAAGAAAAGUACGUUUCCUACAUUUGCUCAUCAUGGCCAGGAAAGAAGGUCGACUAUCAUCAGUAACACAACUAAUCCUGUUUGGCACAGAGAGAAAUAUUCUUUUGUUGCACUUCUAACAGAUGUCCUGGAAAUUGAGGUUAAAGACAAAUUUGCCAAGAGUCGUCCGAUCAUCAAGCGCUUUCUUGGGAAGUUAACCAUACCAGUUCAGAGACUGUUGGAGAGACAUGCGAUUGGAGACCAGGUUCUCAGCUAUAAUCUUGGCAGAAGGCUCCCAGCUGAUCACGUAAGUGGAUAUCUCCAGUUCAAAGUGGAAAUCACAUCUUCUGUUCACGAAGACGCUUCACCAGAAACAGUUGGCACUUUGCUAGGAGUGAAUUCUGUAAAUGGAGACUUGGGGAGCCCCUCUGAUGAUGAGGACAUGCCAGCAGGACAUCAUGAUACAUCCACAGUGUGUUCCAAUGGUCCAGUCCUUGAGGAAUCUUCUGGAGAAGCAAUCCUGAGACGCCCUUUAAGGACUAGUACAACCCUGGAAACAGACCAGGAUGAGUUGACCUCCGGUGCUUCAAGAUCAUCACCUACCAGAGGUCGCCAGGACUCACUAAAUGACUAUCUGGAUGCAAUAGAACACAACAAUCAUCCCAGAACUGGGACGUCUGCCUGUGGUGAGCGUCCACGUGGAGCCUCCCCAAAACUGAGGAGUAGCUUCCCUACUGACACAAGACUUAAUGCUAUGCUUCACAUUGACUCAGAUGAAGAGGAGCAUGAGCUACAUCAAGACCUGGGUUUUCCAUCUUCCUUGGAAGACGAUGGUGGUUUAGUAAUGCUUAAUGGUGCUACAAGAAAUGUUGAAAGAAGUGGUUUAAGUUACUCAUCAGAUCAGGCAGUGCAAGGGCCUGCAGAGAAUGAAAAUGUUGCAGCCUCUGAAGCUCCUUUGCCAUCAACUGAUGACCAGCAGGAGACUCUCCCAGAGCUUCCACCAUCACAGUCAGCAGGAGGUGAAAGCCUGCAAGGUUCUCAAAGUGAAGCACCGGCAGACCAGGCUGGCAGCGAGUCAUGUGCUGCUCAGGAGGCAGAGCAGCCUCCUAGCAGUGUGGACACAGGAGCUGCUGCUGCUGCUGGGAGCAGAAGGGGCGUUAGUGAAAUGGAAUCCACUGAUCAAGGGUCCGAACCUUCCCAGAUGUCAUCAGAAACGGAGCAGAGUGAUCCUGCUCGCACGGAAAGCGUCAGUGAGGCUAGUACUCGGCCAGAAGGGGAGAGUGACGUGGAAGGGGCAGACAGCUCUUGCAACGAAAGUGCGACUGUGCGACGUUCCUCAGUUGAAAUGCGGUGUUCUUCUGAAAGUGCCAGGUUUCCUGAGACUCCAGCCUUUUCUUCUCAGGAGGAGGAAGAGGGAGCUUGUGCCACCAAUGUAGCUAGAAUUGAGCCAGGUGCUGAAACACAGGACUCUGCAAGUACUUCUGGUUCUCUGCCUGCGGUACAUUUACCUCAGGAGGAAGUACAGGAGGCUGAGGCAGGUGAACUACAAGACCAAGAGGAAGCAGAAGAAAUCUGGCAAAGAAGAAGCCUGCAGGUGGCAGCUGCCAAUAGCCAGUCUCAGGAUGAAGAAACUGAAGGAGCCCAAGCAGCUUGUGAAGGUGCCACAGCACAGGUUGAAGGAGCUACUGGAGGUUCUCAAGCCAAUGGCCAUCAGCCCUUGAGGUCGCUGCCUUCAGUACGUCAGGAUGUUAGCCGGUACCAGAGAGUGGAUGAGGCUCUACCACCAAACUGGGAGGCUCGAAUUGACAGCCAUGGACGGAUUUUUUAUGUGGACCAUGUGAACAGGACAACAACAUGGCAGCGACCUACAGCCCCCCCAGCUCCACAGAUUCUCCAGAGGUCAAAUUCCAUACAGCAAAUGGAACAGCUGAAUCGACGGUACCAGAGCAUCCGAAGAACAAUGACUAAUGACAGGCCUGAAGAGCAUACAAAUGCCGUGGAUGGAGCUGGAGAAGAAACUGACUUUCACCAUUCUAACGCAGAUUUUCGAAGAGAGAAUGUGCUGCCUCACUCUACCUCCAGAUCCAGACUUACUUUAUUGCUCCAGUCUCCCCCUGUGAAAUUCCUUAUCAGCCCAGAGUUCUUUACAGUGCUGCAUUCUAACCCUAGUGCCUACCGCAUGUUUACAAAUAACACGUGUUUGAAGCACAUGAUCACCAAAGUCCGGCGGGACACCCACCAUUUUGAACGUUACCAGCAUAAUCGUGAUUUGGUGGGCUUCCUCAACAUGUUUGCUAACAAACAGCUGGAGCUGCCGAGAGGUUGGGAAAUGAAACAUGACCAUCAGGGCAAGGCUUUCUUCGUUGACCACAAUUCCCGCACAACAACGUUCAUUGACCCCCGGCUUCCCUUGCAGAGUAGCCGGCCCACUAGUGCGUUAGUCCAUCGGCAGCACUUAACUAGACAACGCAGCCACAGCGCUGGUGAGGUUGGAGAGGAUUCCCGUCAUUCAGGACCACCAGUUUUGCCAAGACCGUCUAGCACAUUUAAUACAGUCAGCAGAGCUCAGUACCAGGAUGUGGUUCCAGUGGCUUACAACGACAAGAUUGUCGCAUUUUUGCGGCAGCCCAAUAUCUUUGAAAUUCUACAGGAGCGUCAACCAGAUCUAACCAGGAAUCAUUCACUCAGGGAGAAGAUCCAGUUCAUUCGGACAGAGGGAACACCUGGGUUGGUGCGUUUAUCCAGUGAUGCAGACCUUGUCAUGUUACUCAGCUUGUUUGAGGAGGAGAUAAUGUCAUAUGUGCCGCCACAUGCCUUACUUCAUCCUAGUUAUUGCCAGUCCCCAAGAGGCUCGCCAGUGUCUUCUCCUCAGAACUCUCCAGGUACUCAGCGUGCCAAUGCCCGAGCUCCAGCUCCUUACAAAAGAGAUUUUGAAGCUAAGCUGAGAAACUUUUACAGGAAGUUGGAGACUAAAGGAUAUGGACAAGGCCCAGGGAAACUGAAAUUAAUCAUCAGGAGAGAUCACUUGCUAGAAGAUGCCUUUAACCAGAUCAUGGGCUACUCAAGAAAAGACCUGCAGAGAAAUAAACUCUAUGUCACGUUUGUUGGGGAAGAAGGGUUGGACUACAGUGGACCUUCAAGGGAGUUUUUUUUCCUGGUGUCUAGAGAGCUCUUCAAUCCGUAUUAUGGUUUGUUUGAAUAUUCAGCCAACGAUACCUAUACAGUACAAAUAAGUCCCAUGUCUGCUUUUGUAGACAAUCAUCAUGAGUGGUUCAGGUUUAGUGGUCGAAUUCUUGGUCUUGCUCUGAUACAUCAGUAUUUGCUAGAUGCCUUUUUUACACGACCCUUUUAUAAAGCCCUCCUCCGAAUACUCUGUGACCUGAGUGACCUAGAAUACCUCGAUGAGGAGUUUCACCAGAGUUUGCAGUGGAUGAAAGACAAUGAUAUACAUGAUAUCCUAGAUCUCACAUUUACUGUAAAUGAAGAAGUUUUUGGGCAGAUCACAGAACGGGAACUAAAGCCAGGAGGUGCCAACAUCCCAGUCACUGAAAAGAACAAGAAAGAAUAUAUAGAAAGAAUGGUGAAAUGGAGAAUUGAGAGAGGAGUUGUACAACAAACAGAAAGUCUAGUGCGUGGUUUUUAUGAGGUGGUUGAUGCGAGGCUCGUGUCUGUAUUUGAUGCCAGAGAACUGGAACUGGUUAUAGCUGGAACAGCAGAAAUUGACUUGAGUGACUGGAGAAAUAAUACAGAGUAUAGAGGAGGUUAUCAUGACAAUCACAUUGUAAUUCGGUGGUUCUGGGCUGCUGUGGAAAGGUUCAACAAUGAACAACGACUAAGACUUUUACAGUUUGUUACAGGCACGUCCAGCAUACCUUAUGAAGGAUUUGCCUCUCUACGGGGGAGCAAUGGUCCAAGAAGGUUCUGCGUAGAGAAGUGGGGGAAGAUCACUGCUCUUCCAAGGGCUCACACUUGUUUCAAUCGUCUGGACCUUCCCCCUUAUCCAUCAUUCUCUAUGUUAUAUGAAAAACUGUUGACAGCAGUUGAGGAGACAAGUACUUUUGGACUUGAGUGA